CCUGCCCCAUAUCCCCCAGUCCAAAACCCCUGCCCCAUAUCCCCCAGUCCAAAACCCCAGCCCCAUAUCCCCCAGUCCUAGCCCCAGCCCGCUUAACCCUGUGUCUGAGUAUUUUGCUUGAACUAUCCCCUGUCUAAGUCCUAGCCCCAGCUCCAAACACGUGCCCCUUUUCCCCUAGAUCCUUCUCCUUCCAUUCCUCACACUAGCCCCCUUGCCCAUUCAAUUCAAAUCACCCACUUCCAGACCUAGCACCAGCCCCACUCCCAACCCUGUUCCCCCAGCCGCACACUCUAUCCGCCAGCCCAACGCUCUAUCCCCUACCCCUCUCUCCUGGCCCAUCACCAUCUAUCUCCAGCCUCCGUACCAUGCUGGGGAGAAACAUGUCCCAGAAGCUGAGUGGGCUGCUGAUAAUCCUGGGGCUGGCGUGGGGGCUCAUGUUGCUGCGCUACACCGUGCAGCAGCCGCGCCACAAGAGCAGUGGCGAGCUACGCCAACAGAUCCUGGAGCUGAGCCGGCGAUAUGUCAAGGUGCUCAACGAGGAGAACCAGAACACACUGGGAGGACCGCAGGGCCCCUCCAUGGCCGGUUAUGCUGAUCUGAAGAGGACCAUAGCAGUGUUGCUGGACGACAUCCUGACGCGCCUGGUCAAGCUGGAGGGGAAGAUGGAGCUGGUUGCCAACACUUCAGCCACUAACUCCUCCCAUCCUGCAGCAGGCUCCCUGGCCUCAGCUCCAGUUGCCUUAAACAAACAGGACACGCCAGGCAACCACCGCCUGGAAACGCCUCGCCUCCCUCCACAAACACCCAACAGACCUCGCCCAGGGGUAUAGUAGUGUGGUAGUGUGGUCAGGUGGUAACUUUCCUUUUGCUUAUCCAUUCAUUUACAGAUCAGUGAUUAGCUCAUGGGAGGAAGAAAAGAGUGAGGAUGUAUUCUAGAUCAUUUAAAACUAACCUAACCCUGAGAAAGGACUGACUGCCUGUACCUUUCCAAUAACUACUUGGCUGAUUGACAUUUUUUUACAUAGACAUUUGAGCAUCUUUUUUAAUACUCUCAGUCAUGGACUCUUAGGCAUACAUUUUAGAUUCCCAAAUAGUUUUUUCGUGAAAGGGUCUACAAACUGCGGCUGUCUUUGAGGAUGUCUGUGGGCAGCAACAAAGCAUCAACAACAGUAGAGGAAAUGAACAAAUGUUUGUACUCUGUGGAGUCUUCAAGGAAGCUGAUGAUGAAUAUGAAUGGCACAGCCACCCCGAUAUUUUAUCCCUUGGACAGACCGACUACGAAUUUGCUGUACUGCUUCUUUAAAUCUCAUCCAUAUCAGAAGUUGCUCAACUAAACAAUGCACUCAUGGUAGUUUUGGAAAUAAUGUAUUUGAGUUUGCAGAAGCUCCUGGUGUUAAUAUGUAGAUUUGAAGAGUCCCUUUUUAGCUGUUUUAUAUAUGUAUAUAUAUAUAUAUAUAUAUAUAUGAUUAUAAAAAACUAUUUAGCUGUUGUACAGUAGACUUUUUUUUUUAAAGGAUAAAAGUGAUAAUCCAAAGAAUUUUAUUUGCACUCCUUGAAGGCUUCAAAAAUGUAUUUUUACUAUGAUUUUAGAUGGUGUAUAACAAGUCGAAUGUAACUGUCAAUAAGCAGAUGAUUACCAAGUGGUUACAAUUGAUCAAUUCCAACUUCAUCCUUAUCCUCUACUUCAUCCUUAUCCUCUUUGUCAGUACCCAGACUGUUAGUCCUUGUUGAUUCCCCUUGCAGAUACGAAUGGUUAGGGCCAGGACUUUUUCCUGACUGACCAGUAAAAAAUCUUAUCCCAAUCAAUGUACAACCUGUUUUAUGUCUCAGUUUAGCCCUCUGAUGAAGUUGCUUGUCUAUUUCUUCCACAUAUCAGUCUGAGCUCACAUUACACAGCGAUUGUUGGGGGAUGUCCUAAAAAUAGUGGGCUAACCCAAUGUUUAUACUUUUAACUUAUGGGACUGCCUGUCUAUGGAACACCCUUACCCCCUUUACUACAAACCAUUGGCUGCAUCCUGAUUCUCCACCCUUACAGAAAUGUGCACUUAAACAUGAUCUUUCAAAUCAAAGUUUUUGUCACAUGCCCCGAAUACAACCGGUAUAGGACCUUACUGUGAAAUGCUUACUAUCAAGCCCUUAACCAACAAUGCCGAUUUUCUUUUUAAGUAAGAAAAUAUUUAAACAAAAUAAUGUAACACAACAACAAUAAAGAGGCUAUAUACAGGG